CCGGAGCUUGGUGAUGUCUUCGCCUUGAUCAUGCAUGAGAACACGCACUUGAAUCUAACGGAAAGAUCGUGUUCUGCUUCGUUACUUGUGUAGUUUAACCCUGCCGGCUCAUUGAUUGACACCCCGUCAUCCUCAUCAUCGCAGCAUCGCAGCCACCAAAAUUCGUCUGAACCCUUUUUCUUCACAUUUUCUGCGCCCACCAAUAAUUGUUCCUGUACCACCAAAUGAGCAAGAAGGAGAAGAAAAAGGCACAGCAGAAGGCCCUCCCAAAGCCUGAGGAGACAGUCUCUGAUUCUGAAUCCGAUUCCGAUGCAGAUGAGGCAGUUAAGGAGUCGCAAAGUCAAGACCUUGCGCACGAAAGCAGUGAUCACGAAGAUUCAAAUGAAGAGCACGUAGAAAGUAAUGACAAUGGCGAGGAGGAAGAGGAGGAACAGGGCGACAGUGACAAUGAGAAAGACAAGAGCAAAGAUGACAAAAAGAAGAGAAAGAAAUCGAAACAAGUUUUUGGAGAAGACUGGCUCGCCGAGACGGAGAAUUUCAAUGUCAAACUCAAGAAGCGAGGCGUCAUUUACGUCGCACGGGUACCUCCUCGCAUGACACCCACCAAACUCAAGAGUCUGCUGUCGGAAUUUGGAGAAGUUACGCGAGUAUACUUGGUAGAAGAAGACAAGACGGUACGCCAGAGACGACGAAAACAAGGUGGAAGUGGCUCCAAACGAUAUACCGAAGGAUGGGUCGAAUUCGCCAAGAAAAGCAUUGCCAAGCAUGUGGCACAGAACCUCAAUACAACACCCAUCUCCAAUUACAAACGGAGCUCUCAUUAUGGCGACUUGUGGAAUCUCAAGUACUUGCACAAAUUCAAAUGGUCUCAUUUAACCGAAAAGGUUGCGUAUGAACGCCGUGUACGAGAACAAAAGCUACGAGUGGAAAUGUUGCAAGCACGGAGAGAAAAUGCAUCCUAUGUCGAACUGGUCGAGACUGGAAAGAAAUUGGAUCGUAUUGAAGAACGUAAGCGAAAACGAAUGGAACGGGAAGGAACGACACCAAAAGAAGAUUCUACUGCCAGUAAGCGAAAGAAACACAACAAGAAACAAAAGCAACCACGUGAAGAACGAGGUGAUGCAGCUGCCCAAAAGGCUCUGCUGCAGUCGUUGGUUUGAGCACUCAUUGGUUUGAGCUGAGUGUGAGACCCGGCCUUGGUUGAACGAGCUGCACAACAAUCAUCUAUUCAUGGUUUGGGUGCCGGUAGCAAGGCAAAGUUAGUUGAAAACUAGGCUGAGUUACGUUUGCCUCCUACCAGCGAGCUAGCCGCUGCUAUCUAUCUUUGUCCAUGUAAUCUUUUGCAGUGUCAAAAACUCAUUGUGGGCU